CGCCUCCAUCCCGCCUGCCGCCGCGAGCAGCAUCCGCCUCGUCGCUCCGGCCGGCCCCGUUGUCUCCAGGCCGCCCGGCCUUCGGGGCUUCCCAUUGGCUGCUGCGGCCUGACGCCCAACCUGGUCGCCUCCGCCGCGCGGAGGGCGGGGCUUCUCCCCGCUCUGAUUGGUUGCUCUGGAAGCGUGCCCCACCGGGGCUGCUGGGAAGUGUAGUUGAGCGCCCGCCUGCGGGAGUCCGCUGGGUCCUGCCGCGAGGCGAGUUUUGUCCUGCGUGCCAAGCCGGGAAGGAGGGCGAGGGGAACCAGGCAGAAGCUGGCGCGCGUGCGCGGCCCUGGGGCUCAUCAUUGGCAGCAGGUGGGUCUGCCCUGAGGCUUGUCUUCCGCUCUGCGUAGGGUCCUAAGUGUCAGGAAAGGUGCCUCGACAAAGGAUGUGUCUGCAAACAGGGGACGUGCUGCCCAGGGGUGUGUUGUAGCUCCCUGCACACUUCCUUUGCGUGCAAAUUAUGCUCACGUGCCUUUGCAGCCCCGCUUGCCUUAAUGGGGGAGGGGGACUCCACUCUUGCCGCUGCCUUUGUUCCAGGGUGGUGGUGGUAUAUGCACACUCUUUUAGUGUUUAUUCUACAUUCAUAUUCCGAUCUUCCUCCAGGGAGCCCAGUACAUAGUUAAGUUUCUCCUCACAACCACCCUGUGAAGUAGGCGAGGCUGAGACUGGCCCAGAGUCACCCAGCAAGUCUCAUGGCUGAAGGGGGAUUUGAACUCGGGUCUCCCCGGUCGUAGUCCAGCACUCUAACCACUACAGCACAUGUAUACCCCUCCAGUCACUGCUCAAGGCGGCUCACAAAAUCAAUAAGACAAGAUGAAAUAAACCAAUAUAAAAUUAACAACACUACUCAAAACAAGAACCCUUUGAAACCAAAUGUAAGAGUUGCAAGCUGAAACAUUAAGCACCCGCUAGGUGUGAGCUACAGAUACAUUUAAAGUGCCUCUCUAAAAAAUGGGGCUUCAGCUCUUUUUUAAACUGGCUUUCCAUGCCCGAAUGCUCAGCGAGACGCACACACAGGAACACGGCAGCAAAAUGCGCCACGCUCCCUACAAGCCAUUCUGCACACAGCCAGUGGGCUUCCCUCCCUCUCCUCCCGCCCAGUGGCAGCGUGGGGUGGCCAUGGGUGAGCACAGCUCCAAAGGGCAAGGCGGCCUCCUGGGAGACCUGGGUGUGCUCAGGAGAGUGGCAGGAAGCAGGUCCUCUCUCCACUCGCCAGUUGUCUGGAAACUGGUCCCUGCACGGGGAAGGGCUGUGGGUGAGCAGUCCUGCCGGGCUAGUGCUUCCAGAGCCAGCUAGGAUCUCUUGGUGGAGUCCUGUCGGGUCUGGGAGAGCCAUCGCACCCUUCCCACACAUCACCUCUUGCUCUGCGAUUGUCACCAUGAGCGCGGGGGGCAAGGAGGGGAGCGAAAGCUCUCGGCGCUGACCCGGGCUCUCCUGGCACAUGCCAGCAAGAGGGGCGGUGGCAUCUCCGCCCUCUCCUUGCUCCAGCGGCCCAUCCGGAGAGACCUGCAGCCGCCAUGGGAGAGGUGGGCUUUGGCGUCGCCCUUGCCCUGCUGGCGGGGCUCAUCAUGGCUGUCAAUGCUCUGGUGGCCGUGGCUCUGGUGCGGCUGAUCUGGAAGAACCGCGGCCUUGGGCUGUGCUUCGUGCUGAAUCUGGCCAUCGCCGACUCCCUGGUCGGCUUCACCAUCACAGGGCUGGUCGCAGAGGAGUUGUCCGGUCCUGAGCACCAGACCCCAAAGAACCACUGCAUCUUCCGCAUGGCCUGUGUCACCUCCCCCUCGGCGGCCUCUGUCCUGACGGUGAUCCUGGUGGCCUUUGACCGGUACCUGGCCAUCGAGCAUCCAUUCCGCUACUUCAGGAUCAUGCGCGCUCCCUUGGUCGGGGCCUGUAUCGGAGGCCUCUGGCUCCUGGCCGGCUUGAUUGGUUUCCUCCCCGUCAUCAUCCGCCCUUUCCAGAAGCCAACGUACCACGAGGAGUGCACCUUCUAUGGCGUCUUCCGGCCCACGUACGUCCUCACCGUCUUCUGCGUGGCGUUCUGCCCCGCCUGCGGGCUUUUCCUCUACUUCCACUGGCAGCUGCUGCAGACGGCCAACCUGCACGCCCAGCAGAUUCGGGAGCUGGGGCACAGCCGCUCGGCGGGGAUUUUCCCGGCGCUGCAUCCCCACAGCGACGCCAAAGCCAUGCGCACGGUGGCGGUUCUGGUGGGCUGCUUCACCCUCUCCUGGUCGCCCUUCUUCGUUGGGAGCAUCGUGGAGCUGGCCUGUGAACACUGCGACUUGGAGGGCCUCCUCGAGCGGUACCUCUGGGUGCUGGGCUUGUGCAGCUCCCUGGCAAACCCCCUGGUCUACGCCUGCUGGCAGAAGGACGUGCGCCUGCAGGUCUGCCAGAUGUGCCGGAGCCUGAAGAGCCGGGUCUCCCCGCUCUGCCACAGCCACAGGCAGCCGGGCGUCCCCGCAGUCUCACUGGCCCGGCCGGAGGAGUGACGGCAUGGGGAGGAAGGGGCCGCCGCUGGGGGUCUCUUCGUGGGCCUGCACGGCCCCACACCUUCUGGCUGGAGGAGAAGCCCUUUCAGCAAGUGGCGAAAGAGCAUCUCACUCUUGGGGGGAAGAGCAUGCGAAGCUUGGCUGCGCCUCUGUACCGAGUGUCGGGGCCCUGAGGGAGCAAGCAGUGCCCAGGCCGGCGGUGCUCCAGCCAAACCCAGACGAGCCCCGUCCUGCCCCUAAACCCCCAGCCACAUUUGCCCCCGUCCAGUCCGAAAUGCUCUUUGACAACCCACUUGGAAUGUACGCUGCUGCCCGGCAAAACGGGUUCCCGACUCCCCAGCUCUACAGGGCUGCUGCCGCCACCCGCACCCCCGCCCGAAUCAUCCCCAAAUACUGGCAACACCCCCCCCCCGCCAUGAAUGUCUGUGGCCCCCCAGCCAGGCCAGGCCUAGCCUAGAGAUGGAACAGCAGCCGGCACAAGAGUGGGGCUGCCUCUGCCUGGCACGUUGCUAGUGCAGACACUUUCGUUUAUGUCAAAGGAGGCCCGGAGUCAAAAAUCCCCUCUUUGCUUUGUGGACUGGAAUGGAGGAGAGAGUGUGUGUGUGUGUGUGUGUGUGUGGUGUGUACGUAUAGAGUGGCGAUGGCUGUGCUGUGCUGCCUUUCCAUCACAACUGGCACCAUCUCUAGCUACAGGGAGGUCUGUGUGAGUGUGAGAGCAGGAGAGGAUCCUUUUCUUGCAACAGCGCAACUGUUUGAGAGCAGGCAUCAAGUGGUCGCUCCUGGAUAUCCCCGCAACCAAUCUGGCGGCCGCGAGUAUAGCUCUACUGUCUAUGUAACUGUAUACAGACGAACGCUCCAGCGUGGUGGAGUGGAUGGGGUGACAGACUCGGACUUGGCAGGCCCUGGCUCUUCAAAUCCCCAC